AUGGGACACAGCGAAAACAGUGUCAAGAGGCAGAAUUUAGGGAGUAUUGAAUACUGGCAGAACCUGCCAUUCUUGUUUGCCAUUCGUGAGAUCAACCAAGAUCCAUUGCUCUUACCCAACAUCACGCUGGGCUACAACAUCUAUGAGAACUAUGCCACUGAAAGAAUAACUCAUGAUGCUAUGCUAGACCUGCUAUCGACUGGAGAACAUACUGUUCCAAAUUAUAGCUGUGGAAAGCAGAGGAAUCUCUUGGUGGUUCUUGAAGGGACCAACACUGAAACGUCCAACCAGAUCUCAAGCAUCUUGGACAUCUACAAAACCCCACAGAUUGUGCCCAUAUCUAGAUGUACUGAAAGUUGUCGCUCUGGAUAUGCCAAACUGAUGAGGGAAGGAGAGCAGGCUUGCUGCUAUGAUUGUGCCCUUUGUGCGGAAGGAACCAUCUCCACCCGGGAAGAUGCUGAUCACUGCAUUAAGUGUCCAGAUGAAGAUUAUUCCAACAAGGAUCACACAGAAUGUAUUGCCAAGGUUAUCAAUUACCUCUCCUACAAAGACCCUUUGGGAUUCAGCAUAGCUUUCUUUGCCUUGUUCUUUUCACUAAUCACAGGAUUUGUCUUAGGCAUCUUCUUUAAAUACCAGGAAACAGCCAUGGUCAAAGCCAACAACCGUGAUCUCACCUACAUGCUUCUCGUCUCCCUCCUGCUUUCCUUCUUGUCCUCCUUUCUCUUCAUUGGCCAACCACAGAUGGCAACUUGUCUUCUUCGUCAAACCGCUUUCAUCACCAUCUUCUCAGUGGCUGUCUCAUCUUUGUUGGCAAAAACCAUCACCGUAGUGGUGGCCUUUAUGGCCACUAAACCAGGAAGCGGGAUGAGGAAAUGGCUGGGGAAGAGUUUGGCCAACUCUGUUGUCAUUUCUUGCUCUGGUGUUCAAGUGGGAAUCUGUAUGGUCUGGCUGGGAGUCUCUCCUCCUUUCCCAGAUGCCGACAUGCACUCUCAACCUGGACAGAUCAUCUUGCAAUGCAAUGAAGGGUCUAUGGUCAUGUUUUACAGUGCCCUCGGCUACAUGGGCUUUCUGGCUGCUGUCUGUUUCACGGUGGCUUUCCUUGCUAGGAAGUUGCCAGGCGCUUUCAAUGAAGCCAAGCUGAUCACCUUUAGCAUGCUGGUAUUUUGUAGCGUUUGGAUCUCCUUUGUGCCCACCUAUCUGAGCACCAAAGGGAAAUACAUGGUAGCUGUGCAGCUCUUCUCUAUUUUGUCCUCCAGUCUGGGGUUACUGGGUUGCAUUUUUAUCCCCAAAUGCUACAUUAUACUGUUUAGACCUCACUUGAAUACAAAGAACUUUAUGAUGCUGAAAGCCCAAGAUAGCACUUGAUACUUCAUCUUAAUUUGCUCUUAAUUUGGCACUGUCUUAUCAGGCAUGUCAAGGAACUCACAUCUUCUUUUAGGAACUAUUUAUCUCAUCUUUUUCUGUGCAUUGUGAAAGAAACUAAUAGGACUGAGAUAUUAAUAUGAAUGUAUUGGAACAGUAGAACCACAGGAUGUAAAAUGAUUGAUUUUAUUUUUCUUCUUGGUAUGUAGAGAAAAUAUAAUUGGAAGACAAAAUAGGCAACAUUCUGUACAUUUUCCAGAUAACAGUUUAAUGUUUAGACUAAGUGGUCAGGAACAUCGUUGUGUUUACGUAUCUUUAUGCCAGCUUUAAUUUUUUAAAACUGUAAGGGAUAAUUCUUUCUUGUUACCCACAAGUCUAGGGCAACCUGCUUGGCAGGUUCAAAGAGAGGCAAAAUAGACACAGAUGUUUUUUAUAGGAAGACAAAAAAAAUGUACUC